AAACUGUCGUCAUAGCUGAUAUCUCGAUCAUGCUCGCUCGACGCGACAGCUGCAUUACGCGAGCGAACGUCGCCCAUGAGUCGUCCACAGCUACUGCCACAGCUUAAAAGGUCGUCCAUCAUCAACUUCGCCGGCAGCUACCAGUUCUGCUGUUGUGCCUCACUUGACAGUUAGCGUCACCUUACAACGGAAGGAAAUUCACAGUUAGUACUCAAAUCUUUCCGGGUAGCCCCUGCUUUUUUUCUACCAGGAUGUCGGCCAACAUCGUGGAGGCCCUGUUCGUACACAUCGAGCGAGUGCCCUUCGACGUGCUCAAGUACCUGGACGACGAGAACGAGGACUGGCUUCCGCGACUGAAAGGUGUGCAACCGGAACGCUUUGUUCACGAAAUACGCCGAUCUCUGGGAGCCUCUCCGGACCUGCAGCGGGUCGCCUGGCUCUACUGCUGGCUCUUGUCGAGGCAGAGGAUUUGCCCGUGGCUUCUCGUUCGCUUCGUCCCCACCACGAUGCAGGUCGACUACUACAAACUUUUCACGGACUGCGCGACCGCGCUGCACACCCUGACUGGUCAGCACUGGAUCGUCCGUGCGAGGAAAAUAAGCAUAACGUACUACGCGUGCAUCGUGAACAGCGACUUGGAUCCCCAGUGUCUCAAAUCCGGGGUGAUGUUCUUGGUCCUGUGGGAGGGCCUGCGAUUCGCGGCUGCGUACGCCGAGACUAACGUGGAACUGCAGUCCCUCACGACCGCCUUGCAGUUCGCCCUGCGCGGACAAAGCGUGGAACUGAUGCUGGGCCAAUACGGGGACUUGGACAGCGUGAUCUGGGCGGGUCGCCACGAUUGCGGCGGCAGAUUCUUGCUUCGGUCAGACCCGAGUCAUCUGUCGCAAAUGUUUUGGCGUUUUGACGACGAGCCAGAAGGAGUGGCGGACCAGGGUUCGCCCGCGCAGACGCAAAUCGAGGCCCCGACACAAGAAGUACAACUGACAGUUCUGCCUUUGGAUUACAUCUGUAAUUAGAAGACACCGACACGACGCACGUAUCCCUCCGCUUGUGGUGUCUACGAUGUCGCACGCCGCAAGUACGCAAACAAAGAUCUGGCAAGUGCCUGGACAUCCUGUGAAAGAACCCGCUAGACACCUCGCCUUGACUUCCAGAGCUCAAUAUCUCCCCGCGACAUUUGGAUACGCACAGAACAACGCAAGAAACAUGUACCCGCUCCCAUAUACUUCACGACUGCCGCACAGCUUUGUGAAGUGUUUCGAGCCUGGAUCUCUCUUUGUAGGUCAUGAUGAAUGUUAUAGCACAACUCGCGAGGACAGAGGGUACACGAAGACGAGCGCUAACUGGUUGUUGUCGUGAGUUCGUGCUAUAGCAAUCAUAACCUAUACCAUUUCUAGACUAAGCCGCCGCUCAUCUUAUAGUAGGACUCAAAGCCUGCCUAUCGCUAAACAAGGAAAUUUUAAUAACGGCAUAGACGCACAACUGUAUCGGGCAUGUCGCUUCCAUGAAAAGCUCUCGUGCCUUCUUUUAUGUAUUUACUGACAAAUAAAGAUUUUACCACUCUACGU